AUGAGCUGGGGUCAAAAAAAAGCCACCUGGCCUAUAACCCAGGUUAGCCAUGCCUAUGAUCAGUCCCUGGAUGCCAUUGCGGCUGCACCAAGCCAUAGCCAGAAGCAGUUUGUGAUAUUUGUGAAGAAAGGAGUUUACAAAGAAUAUGCGAAGAUUGAUAAAACAAAGACUAACUUGGUGUUGAUUGGAGAGGGCAUGAGUGUUACCACCAUAUCUGGAGAUAGAAGCAAUGCUAGUGGUUGGGCAACAAUGAAGUCAGCAACAUUUGAUGUAAGGGCCCAAGGAUUCAUUGCAAUGGACAUAGGAUUUGAGAACACUGCAGGACCAAACAAUAGGCAGGCAGUUGCGCUUUCAGUCGGCGGCGACCAGAAAAACAUCAAAGACCAACAAAACACACUCACCGCUAGUGGUCGUUUUGCAGAAGACUCGACAGGGUUCUCGUUGGAGUAUUGUAGCAUUGAAGCAGAUUUUGAUUUGGCGGCAGAUGUGAACUCGACGCCCACGUACUUGGGUCGACCUUGGGGCAAAUAUGCACGUACCGAGUUCAUGAAGUCAUCUAUGAGUAACGUUAUAAGGCCAGAGGGUUUGCUGAGUGGAAUGGGAAAUCUGCUCUGA